UAUCCUAUUGCCUUUCUCAUUCAUCCCACAAACAAAAACACAGUCUUCACAAAAAUCUCUUUCAAGUUGUUUAGGAAAUUGAAAAUGGCCUACUCAAAGGCUUUACUCCUUGGUUUUCUAUUUGCCAUGGCUUUUCUUAUUUUUUCUGAAGUCUCGGCUCGUGAGCUAGCUGAGUCUUCCACCACUCAACAAACACAGUCUGUGGAGGAGUCUAAGCAUCAUAGCUACUACGGAGGAGGACAUGGACAUGGUGGACACGGAGGACACGGUGGAUAUGGCGGUCAUUACCCACCCAAGGAAGAGGAGAGUGAAGUUGUAGACCCUCAAGGCUAUGGUGGCCACGGUGGUUACGGUGGUGGACACGGAGGUUACGGUGGUGGACACGGAGGAUACGGUGGUGGCCACGGAGGAUAUGGUGGUGGAGGAUACGGAGGACGUGGUGGAUACGGUGGCGGCCACGGAGGUUACAGUCACGGUGGACAUGGUGGAUAUGGUGGUCACUAUCCCCCAAAGGUGACAAAGAUUGCUGAGGAACAAAAGGGUAACUAAGUCUGAGUGAGUCUAAUGCCUCCCAAAAACAAAAAUGUAUUCUCUGUGUUUGUGUUUGUAUAUUAAUAAAUAAUAAUACAUGUUUGAUCGGAGAAAAGUAUAGAUGUAUUUGUGUCUUAUAAAACAGGACAUAAAUUACGGAAAUGUUGCUUUUAUACUCGAUGCAUCAUGUAAUGAUAUGUAAUCUUCUACUUAAUGUAAUCUGAGAUCUUGUAUGAUAUGCACAGAGCUUUUAAGUUGCAUUCUAUGGAAUGUAAGUUUCUUCUGUUAGUAGAGUUCUACACUUUUUUUUCUAGUAAAAUUUUCUUUCAAAUUUAUUUUAACAUAUUUUUUCUUGAACCAUGUGUCCAUGCAUGCAUCCCUAUUGACCGGAAUUGCAAGCUUUACUACUGAUAUCUCCGUUUUCAAAUAAAUGUAUGAAUUUAACCUAAUUUAUACAUUUGCCGACACACAACUUUAAUUAUUAAUAUUUUUAUUUUUCUAUUAUUAAAAAAUUAUAAAAGUUGAUAAUUUGAGCAUGUCUGUGGAGACACGUUCAACAGUAUCUUGUAAGCUAAUAUUGAAUUUUAUACAUAUGGUCGGAAUAUAAUAUGCAAAUAGUGUUAAAGUUAAAAGGAAUCAACUAUUCAAAAAUAAGGAAAUAACUCUGAUUUUAACUUGGUAAAAGCCAUGAUUAUUAGGGAGAACAAACUCAUUAACUAGAUUUCUCAUGGGCCGAGUCAAAAGCCAUAACUAUAUUGUAAACAAAAGCAAACAAUAUAUAUAUUUUCUCCGUCCUUUAAACCUUGAUAUUCAUUUUCAAUCUUCUAAAUAAAAACUAUUUAGAUAGCUAACUAAAGGUUUUUGAACAUUGUGUUAUGUAGUUAGUCUUUGUGGUUCAAAUUCGGAAUUAUUACAAUAUCAAUGUACAAGGAAACAUAUUAAUAGCAUGGUGCCCUAAAUGAAACUCUUAAAUAUAAAUCAUAUCACAAAUAACAAAUUAUUUUAGAUUUAGAUGUUCUGUCCCUUAACUUCUUAUUUAUAGUAAAUCAUAAAACCUUAUAGUGGAAUUCUACAAGACUUCUCAAUAUCAACACAGAUGCAAUAUCAACACAGAUGCAGAACAACUAGUUUGCCUUCUGAAAGUAUACAGAAAAUGGACUCCUUUUGAAAGAGGUUUACCAUCCCUCUAAUAUCUACAUGAGAAAAUUCUUGCACACAAUCAGGUGGAACUUGGAAGCUCAAAUGAUAUCAAUUACAACCAUUUUAGUGGUAUGUAGAACCUUCUAAUAUAUAACACUAUAUAAAUUUUACAUUAUUGUCAAAUGUAAAAACGUAAAUUAUAGAAUAAUAUUAAUUUCUUUUUCAAUGUUUGCAACUGUUUACCUUUUGCACUAUUUAUCUAUUAACAUCGACAACAACUCAAUUAUUAUUUACUUUCUUCCAUUCAUACAGUAAACUCAAAAUUGAUAGAUGAUGACGAAAAAAAGAGUUUAGAUUAUUUUGAGAAGUUACUUUAUAAGUUGGGUUAUCAAAAAAUAAUUAACAGUGAAAUUAAAUUCAGCGAACACGUUCAAAAUUGGAUUAUUAAAAUUAAUCCUAUAUAUAUUUCAAAUAAUUGUUUUUUUUAAUAAUAUUGAUAAUUGAGAGUUUCGGCAAAAAGCUUGAGGAUAUGCUAGGUCGUAUAGCAAUUCUGGAGGACGAGUUUGAUCCACUAAAAGGGACAUAGAUGAAAAAAUGCCCCAAGUUAUUCCAGCCCAUCUUCAGGUUGCUACUGGUCUCGGUUAGACAAGGAAAUAAGGGUGAGUUUAACGCGGUCUAGACCUGGAGUCUCAAGCAGAGACUUUGCAAAGUCUCAUUGGGUCUGACGCGAUAAACUGCCAAAAAAUGGAAGUGAGUCUCGCGUAGAGUUUUGAUUUGUAAAACUCUGACAAAGACUCCCUUUAAUACUAUUAGCAUGGCCCACCAACACAAAUGCAACGGAUACUUUGUCCAAUUGCACAAAUUCAACGGCUAAAUUUUAACAGUUAUAAAUUUUAGUAAUAAAAAAUGUCAUGAUCUGUAUAAUUUAUUGUAUAAUAAUUUGUAAUAAUGCCUAUAAAUAACUCUUUGGGUACAACUUUUUUUUUACAUUCUCUAUAUUCUCCCAUAUCAAUUUCCCUUUUAUCUCUAUUCUCUCAAAAAAAAAAAAAUCUAUCUAUUAUAUUUUUAAUGGAUCCAAAUCAAAUUUUGAUUUAAACUCCCUUAUGAGUAUGUUUCAAAAUAAUCCUCAAUUUCAGACAUUUUUAGCUCAACAAAAUCAAUAUCAAAAUUCCCAAAAUUCCCAAAAUACAAAUUUUUCUAACCCCAAUCCCACUAGUAUGGGUAAUGCACAAGUGCAAAAUUUUACCCAAUUUCUCCAAACUCCAAAUAACCAAUAUACUCCUACUACUCAAAGUAUUGACCAACCUCCUUUUACCCCUAUUAGUAUUGGGCCCAAUUCCGACAACGUAUUUGUAGAUAAUGCGGGUAUUGAAGAGGCGAAUAUUGAUGUUACUACAACUACUCGUACUGCUGCUCGUACUACAUCACGUCGCAAAGUAAGUCAAACUAAAGAGAAAAAAGGGUUAACUUGGACGAUAGAAGAUGAAACACUUCUUGGUAUUGCAUGGAUUAAUACUACCAAAGAUGAAGUGAAUGGCAAUGCACAAAGAGCCGAUGCAUAUUGGGGGAAAAUUUGUGCAUUCUUCAAUGAAAAUAGGCAAACAAAUCAAGCUGAACGAGAGGUAAACCCUUGCAAACAACAUUGGUGGGCAAUUAAUAAUGCACUUGGAAAGUUUGCAGGGUGUUAUGCCAAGUAUGAAAAGAGAAGUGGGUUUAAUGAAGCUUUGAAGCUCUCGGAGGCUCGUGCACUUUACCAAAGUCUCUACAAUUCCAAGUUUCAAUACGAUCAUGUGUGGAUUAUUGUGUGUGAAACUAAUAAGUUCAAAGCUGAACUAAAGAGCAAACGUAAGAAAGACAACGAUAGUGAUUCGUCAAAAAGGAACAAGAUUUCUGAAUCAGGAGACUACACAGCAAGCGGGGAGGAUGUUGAGGGUUUUGAUGAAGUUGAUGAGGCCCGACCACAACAGGUCAACAAGCUGCAAAGAAACAACUAGCUGCACAGAGAAAGGGAAAAAGCACCCAAAGUGAUCAUAGUGAAGCCAUAUCAGUUGCAAAAGAUAUUCAAGAGUCACGUGCACAAUCAAUGAGUCGUAUGGCAGAUUUAAAGGAGCAGGAGCUUGAAAACCAACUACUCUGUGCCGAUGUCACCAAGAUGGCUCCUUUGCAAAGAAAGAUUCAUGAGAAGAAGUUGCAAGCACUUGCAGAAAAAUAUGGAUGGACUUUUGAUGAUUAGGUUGCUUACAACUUGCAAAAUUUGAUUAUGUUUAUUAAUGUUUAUUUAUGUUGUUUUAAUAUAUUGUAGCUAUGUUUCAGUAAAGCAUGUUUUUAUUUCAUGAACUUAUGUUACUUCUUAAUAUUAAUAAUAAUUAAUUAUUUCCUUUA